AUGGACACCAACAUGUCUGCAGUGAACUUCACGAAUAUGUCUGGGAGUACUCAGUCAGUAUCUGCUGGCUACAUUGUUGUGGAUAUCUUCUCAUAUUUGAUCUUUGCACUCACCUUUGUGCUUGGAGUCCUGGGCAAUGGGCUCGUGAUCUGGGUGGCCGGUUUCCGCAUGCAACGCACUGUCACCACCAUCUCUUACUUGAACUUGGCCAUUGCUGACUUUUGCUUCACCUCCACUUUGCCAUUUUACAUCGUCAGCCUGGUCAUGGGAGGAAUAUGGCCAUUUGGUUGGUUCAUGUGCAAGUUCAUAUAUACUGUAAUAGACAUAAACCUAUUUGGAAGUGUCUUUCUGAUUGCCCUCAUAGCAUUGGAUCGCUGUGUUUGUGUCCUGCAUCCAGUCUGGGCUCAGAACCACCGCACUGUGACCCUGGCCAAGAAGGUAAUCAUUGUACCCUGGAUUUGUGCAUUUCUCCUUACUUUGCCAGUUAUCAUUCGUGUGACCACAGUCCCUAAUAGACUUGGACCAGGGAAAACAGCCUGUGCUUUAGACUUCUCACCCUGGACCAAAGAUCGUGCAGAAAAGGCUAAAGUAGCCAUCACCAUGUAUACUGUCAGAGGAAUAAUCAGGUUCAUCCUGGGGUUCAGCACUCCCAUGUCCAUUGUAGCUAUUUGUUAUGGGUUAAUAGCCACUAAAAUCCACAGGCAAGGUCUUAUCAAAUCCAGCCGUCCCUUGCGAGUUCUCUCUUUUGUUGUGGCUGCCUUUUUCCUCUGCUGGUGCCCAUUUCAAGUAGUGGGCCUCAUACACACAAUCCAAAUCCGUGAACACUUGAGGAACAUACCUCAAAGCACUCUAAUUGCUAUUAAAAUCACAAGCUCUUUGGCUUUCUUCAAUAGCUGCCUCAACCCAAUGCUUUACGUCUUCAUGGGCCAGGACUUCAGACAAAGACUAAUCCACUCCCUACCUGCCAGUCUAGAGAGGGCCCUGAGUGAGGACUCAGCUCAAACCAGUGACACAGGCACCAACUUGGGAGCCAACUCUAUUCCUGAAAACCCAGCAAAUGCAAUAUAAAAACAGGGCUUUAGCUUCCAGAUUCACAUGCUUCGAGUUCCACUGUGCUAUAGUCAUUCCUUGUUGACCUCCAGGCUACAGGCUCAUUAGGAAAACUUAAAAUGACCUUUUAGACUUUUGUACCUCAACCCAAG